AUGGGCAUGGACAUGGCUAAGUCAGCUUGUCUUGCUGAUCAUUUAGGUCAAGGACGCGUCAAUCAGCUUGGCGGCGUAUUCAUCAACGGACGACCGCUACCGAAUCACAUUCGUUUGAAAAUUGUCGAAAUGGCCGCCAAUGGCAUACGGCCUUGUGUGAUCUCCCGCCAACUACGCGUUUCGCAUGGUUGUGUAUCGAAAAUUUUGAAUCGUUAUCAGGAAACUGGUUCAAUACGACCGGGUGUAAUAGGCGGUUCCAAACCGAAAGUCACAUCGCCGGAAAUCGAGGCGCGUAUCGAGGAGUUGCGUAAAGCGAAUCCGGGUAUAUUCAGUUGGGAGAUACGCGAGAAAUUGAUCAAGCUACAACAACCGUGCGCGGUUAAGGCUGCCGCUGUUGAUGUGGACGGUCCCGCUGCCCCACCCUACGACCUGGAUGCGAUAAUAAAUCAGCUUUUGUAUCCUAAUCCGGUUUAUCAAUUGCAUCGGAAAUUUUUCUACUUUCAAUUGAGAGCGAAGAAGAAUAAGGAAGUGAAUGUAGGAGGAACAGAAUAA